CCGUCCAUGCGCUACUCCCAGGAGCGCAGAGAAGGAGGCUGCAUAUCCUCCACCGGUGCAGCAGUGACCGCUCCUGCCCGCCAGAUUAUCCUGGGAGACGGCGACCGCUCCAACUGCGCCCGGAAAGGCGAAGAGACAGUAACCGCCGCCCCUCGGCGCCCGCGAGCCACGUGACCAGCUUGGGUCAUGUGACUCCGGAGCGCGGCGGCUGAAGCCCGUUACCCCGGCAACCCCCAGGCCCUCCUUAGACCUUCCGGGAAAGCGCGGGAUUCAGAGGCAAAGGUAGGCGAGGUGUGGAUGCUCGCUGCCCGCUCCGGACCGCAGGCCCGCGACUGUCCUCAGACCCACUCCUCGCGGCUUUAGUUUCGGGUCACUCCCCGUCGCCGUCCCGCUCGGCUGCGGAUGCGCUCUUGUCCUCCCGCAGUCUCCGGAACCCGCGCUUCCUGGGCCCGGGGACCCUUUGCUUGGGAUCAGCCUUUGACCCAGAAUUUGCGGUCGAGACCUUUACCGCCCUCACCCAGACCUGAACAGAAUCGCAGUGUUUCCAACGUAAAUACCUUGGAAUGUUUACUUUGGGUAAUGAAAAUUAUUGAUAAUGGCGCAUUAUUCCAAAGAAGAGCUGGAUGAAGAGUUUGAACAGUUUAUGAAAGAGCUUUCAGAUGAUUCUUUUGAAAAUUCAAACAAAACACCUAGACAACCUAGAGAAGUGAAGAAGAAAGACGCAGUGCCGUGGUGGAUAACUGAGGAUGAAUUUGAAGAUGGUGGACUGCUUGGAACAAAUGUAAGCUAUUUGAAAACGAAGAAGACUUCUCAGCCUGCUAUGGAAGUAGAAGAGGAGUCUGCUGAAAGGAUUCAAUUUCUUAAGAGCAGUGGAACCUCUAUCUUAAGUAUUGACAGCUUAGAAGCCAAUGACAUAGUAGUUUCUGAGCUCAAUCACAGUGUUCUCGGAUUGGGAUUGGACACAUUAGAAGAACAAGAGGAAAAAGAGCAAUUUUUUGCCAGGCUUGAGAAAGGCUUAACCUCUUCCAUUGAUUAUUCACGAUUAAAUAAGGAAUUGGAUUCCAAUGGCUCCAUACAUUUUAAAGCUUUACCUGGUAAUCAAGCUAAUGUGGAACUAACUGAAGAUAAACAAGAGAAUGAAUCAAAACAUGAAGAACUGGCAGAAUAUUACAGUGAUGAUUUUGAAGAUGAGGAGGAUCUUGAUGCACCGUUGGCUCCUAAAGAAGAGACUAAUUCCAAAGAAAAUUCCAAAUCAGAAAAAAUAAAUGUGCCCAAACAGGAAGAAGAGAAAACUGGCAUGCUGGCCAAUGUAGUGCUGCUUGACUCAUUAGACUCUGUUGCAGAGGUCAACCUUGAAGAACAGGAUAAAGCAACGGCUAAGCCGAAGGCCUUGCCAGAUGUGACUGAUAAUGAAAUGACAGGAACAGGUGUAUCUUACGGACAGAGCAGCAGUGACAUUGAAGCUCUACAUCAGGCUUACUGUCACGUAGCCCAUUCUUUGGAAGAUGCAGAUGAACAAAGAACUGAGAGUGAUGCAGGGGGAAAUACCAAGAGCUCAGCGAAAGAUCAUCUUCAAGAAAAUGAAGGGUCCUCUAAAAACAUCUCUACUACAGAAUCUGACCUUCCCACUGUAGAGGAGCUGAUGAAACCUAUCAGAAUUGAUGCCUUUGAGGUCGGUGAUUUUGAUUUACAACCUGUCAGCUUUAAGAAAUUGGAUGAGAAUAAAGAAACUGAAUUGGCUAGCCCUUUACCCCUGAAGAUGAAUCCAAAUGUUAUGUCUCAGGAACCACAAAAUGUGAACCAAUUUUUGCACAAAAAUGAAGAGAAUAUAGUUUUACAAAAGAUAACAAAUGAAGAUACAGAAAAUAAUUGUCCAAGAGUAAAUACUGUGGAAGAACAAAUAGAUAAAAUGUACCUUGAUAUUUUGAAGAAAAAAAUAUCUUUUGGUGACAGAUUACCUCAGGAUGACAGAAUAAAUAAGACUCUUAGGUCUCAGCUGAGUUCUGGAGAAGAAGGGGCUGGGAUUGGUACACAGCUACCACACAAGAAGGCCAGGAGUGCCCCUCCUUUAUUUAAAAGAAAACCCCAGAGUGGAUUAUAUGCAUCAGUUAGGAGCUCAGGCUACGGCAAACCCAGUUCACCAUUCAAGACAUUUUCUAAUCUUGAAAAGAAAACUUCAAAGGACAUUAUGAAAAGCAAAAACUUGAGAUCUAUCCCUGCCUCAAAUCAAGCUAGGAAAAAAGAAAUCUUAUCUGGAACAAGACUCAUCAAGCCUGCAGCUGUGGGUAACCCAGCUUCCCCCAGGGAACGUGGCGUGGCUACCCCUGAGAAGUCUGAGGGCCCUGCAGAAACGGAUUCCUGUGUUCAGUUUCCGAAGGAUUCUUCAGGAUACGGUGGUGGGAACAAGGAAGCAGAACUGACUAUGUUUGAAAGAGUUCAGGAAGCAGAGGGAAGAUGGAGAGGGGCACAAGCCCUCAUUGAGCAAAUCAAAGUCACAUUCUCAGAAAAAGAGAGAGAGCUGGAAAAUAAGAUGGAGGAACUAAAGAGACAGCAGGAAAAGGAACUCUUCAAACUGAAUCAAGACAAUUACAUUCUUCAAGCCAAGUUAAAUAGCUUUGAAGAAUCAAACAAAAAACAAAGGUGGUUGCAUUUGGGGGAAACAUCUGAUCCUGUCACCGAAGAAAAAUUGAAGCAAAUCCAAAAAGAAAUAGAAGAACAAGAGACACUUCUUCAGGGAUAUCAACAGGAAAAUGAAAAAUUGUAUAAUCAAGUGAAAGAUCUUCAAGAACAAAACAAGAAAAAUGAGGAGCGAAUGUUCAAGGAAAACCAGAGCUUAUUCAGCGAAUUAGCUUCCUUAAAAGAACAGAUGCACAAAAGCCAUUUCCUCUCUCAAGCACUGGAAGGUGCAGAACCCACCCAAAACCAGAAUUUUACAGAUCUGUUAGCAGAACUACGGGUGGCACAGAAAGAAAAAACCAGUUUAUUGGAAGACCUCAAAAGACUGAAGCAAGACAAGCAAGCUCUCGAAGUAGACAUGGAGAAAAUGAAGAAAGAGAGGGACCAAGCCAAAGAGCAGAUUGCUUACAUCACAGGUGAAAAGUUAUAUGAAAUAAAAAUUUUAGAAGAAACACAUAAACAAGAAAUCAGUCGCCUGCAGAAAAGAUUACAGUGGUAUGCUGAAAAUCAGGAACUUCUGGACAAAGAUGCUGUUCGACUUAAAGAAGCAAAUGAAGAAAUUGAGAAGCUCAAACUUGAGGUUGAGAAACUGAAAGCCGAAUCUGGACAUCCAUCUAUACAGCAGAAGAUUCGUUUAAAAGAAAAAGCAGCUGAUGCCAAAAAAAUUCAGGAUCUAGAACGACAAGUUAAAGAAAUGGAAGGAAUUCUGAAGAGAAGAUAUCCCAAUUCCUUACCUGCUUUAAUACUGGCUGCAUCAGCCGCUGGUGAUACAGUGGAUAGAAAUACGGUGGAAUUUAUGGAAAAAAGGAUAAAAAAACUAGAAGCUGAUCUGGAGGGCAGAGAUGAAGAAGCAAAGAAAAGUCUUCGUACCAUGGAACAGCAGUUUCAGAAAAUGAAGAUUCAGUAUGAACAGAGACUGGAGGAGCAGGAGCAGCUACUUGCCUGCAAAUUGAAGGAGGCAGCCCAGAACCAACAUGACAACUCCUCCAGGGUUCAAGCUCUAGAGAAGGAACUCGACGACAUUAAGGAAGCCCAUCAGAUCACCGUGAGAAACCUUGAAGCUGAAAUCGAUGCUCUUAAACAUCAGAAUGCUGAAUUGGAACGCAAGAAAAAUGCUAAGGAUGGUAAAGAUUUCCAGUCUAUAGAAUUCCAGGUGGAGCAGGCUCAUUCUAAAGCUAAACUGGCCAGACUCAAUGAGGAGCUGGCGGCCAAGGGGAGAGAGAUACAGGACCUUUCAAAAACGGUGGAGAGGCUUCAGAGGGAGAGAAGAACCAUGCUCUCCAGUCAGAACUCUAAGGGUAGAGAGGAGAUGACUGCGAAAAGGGUGAAGAGAGAUGCUCUGCACCCAGGUAAAGGAAACGCUGCCUCCUUCUCUGGGGCCCUAGAGGACAAGCUUUACCAACCACAGACUUUCACUGAUUCCCAUGUUUCAGAGGUUUUACAAGAAAACUGCAGAUUGAAAAAUGAACUGGAGAGAUUAAUUGAGGAGAGGAAUGAGCUGAAGAUGAAAUCCGACGUAGCAGUGAGCCAAUUUGAAAACUCCAUGAAAAGGUUCAAGGAAGAUACUGCAGCGCACAUCACAUCUCUCAAAGCAUCUCAUCAGAGGGAAGUAGAGAAACUCCUUUGCCAAAAUGCAGUAGAAAAUUCUUCUUCCAAAGUAGCUGAACUAAAUCGUAAAAUAGCAACUCAAGAGGUACUUAUAAAACAUUUCCAGAAUCAAGUUAAUGAGCUACAGGGAAAACAAGAGUCUCUUGUAGUUUCUCAAGUUCGAGAAGAAAUCCUACAGAAGGAGAUAACAAAACUCUUAGAAGAAUUGCGAGAAGCCAAAGAAAACCAUACACCAGAGAUGAAACAUUUCAUGGUCUUAGAAAAGAAAAUUAAACAGAUGGAAAUGAGACAUGAGCAGAGAGAGCAGGAGCUUCAGCAGAUAAUACAGCAGACACACCAAGUAGUAGAAACUGAGCAAAACAAAGAAAUCGAGAAAUGGAAAAGACUUGCACAGCUGAAGAAUCGUGAGCUGGACAAGUUUCGCACAGAAUUAGACUCAAUACUAGAUGUUCUCCGAGAGCUGCAGCGGCAGGGCGUGGUCGUGCCAGUUGCUUUAGCAGAUGAAGUGAACACACGAGAGCAUUGCUAGACACUCGCGUUUCACGGGACCUCACAGAAAGGCCUGAAGAUGUACAGUGGAUGGGGUCCCUGUCAGAAGGAGGCUUUAAAAAAAAAAAAGUGUUCCAGUAUCUUGCCAGAAUGCAAACAACACAAAAGCAACAUUUCAAAAUAAAUUACCCUUAACCAAUUAGAAAAAAAG